GAAAGAAACUUAACAACUCUGCAUUAUAUUGUGAUGCAAUUGAUUUUUAUAUUUGUUAAAGAAAAAAGAGAAAAGGCAUUUAGACGGUGAAAGUGGAUAUGAAAUUGUAAUGAUCUUAUUUAGCAAAAAUUAAGUCGCUUUUUUGUGUAUAUUAAAAAUAGUGAAUGAAAUAAACGGCGAAAAUUACUGAUUUCUAAGGCAUAAGUAAAACAAAAACACAUGAUAAACAUAUUUAGGGAACGGAAGCGUCUGUUUGCGCUGUAAAAGACCGGAUUAAUUCUGCCUGGGCAAGAAUUCAAAAAUUAUUUAUUAAAUUCUUAUAGCUAAGCUUAAAGUAACGCAAAUGAUAUACUUACCAAAACCAUUAACUUUCUCUUUCAAUAUGCGAUCGAGGGAAUUAUAAUAUAAUAAGUAUUUAAUUGAUAGUUAAAUAACUAGGUAAACGCACAGUUGUUAGAUAGAUAAAACCGACAUUUACAAUUAUACAAAAUUUAGGCAAAAUGCUAAAGAGCUUGAUGCCGGCAAAAUGGCCAACUAUUCGUUUGUUUCCUGUACGUAUGUCGACGACGCAAAAGGUUGUCCUCAUGUCUAUAGCAGCUGGAGUAACUUUGCUGGGUGUUAUGUCUCGAUAUUUACGAAGACGGAAGCCGCCUCGUCCCCCUCGCCGGCCGCGGAAGUAUACAGGAAGGCGUACACGUAACAGCAUGCGCAGCCCAAAUGAUUUGAUAUCUAUAGCCGGUUCAAAAGCUUCCGCACGUUCUGGCAGUCCUGUAGGCUCUACCGUAGCUUAUUCACAAUCAGAUCGCCUGUCUGUAGCUAGUGGCUCCAUUGGACCGGGAGCUUUAACAUCGGUCAUACCGAGUCAAGGCGGGGUUAACGCCUCUCAGUUAACCGCUCAACAAUUAGGUGUUAUGGGCAUGGAAGCCUUAGAUACUGUUAUAAAUUUCUGGGAAGAUGCGUUGGCAUCGCAUUACUCACCCGGCGGCGUACCGGCUUUACUUACAACCGCGGAGGAGUCUGAAUUCUGCCGGGAAAUACAAAAUCUUUUAGAUAUGGCGUACACACUUCAAGAACAGAGUGAAUUAUUAUUUCUUGACCAGCGCUCCGUAUUAUUUCGCGAAGAGCCAAGUAUUGAGGAAAUCAUAGAAGAAAGCAACAUAGGUAUUACAGAAAGUCUAAACGAAGAAGAUAAGCAAUCACGCCGUUCGGUGUCCAUUAGCCGAACGGCUUCGGAUCCGAAUUUCGAUUCGGCUGAAAGUUUUGCUUCUGCUCUAGAUCAAGUGGCGGACUUGAGAGAAUUCGAUGGUUUUGCUGACACCGAAUAUGAUGAGUAUCCACUAUACCAAACAGCUAUAAUACAUCACGAGGAAACGCCCAUACCUUAUCGCACCGCCCAUACAGAAUUAGUUCAUUGCGCUAAUGAAACCGAAUACUUAGCUAAAUUGCAUUGUGUACGUUUAGCGUUUCAGUAUCUAUUUAAAGAUCCUGCCAUUGGUCAAUUGGUCAUCGAUACAGGUCGUCAAAUACUUACUGAUCUUUUGUGUCUGGGCGAUAAAGAUACAAAAGAAUUCUUGGUGGGUUACGAAGAUAUGAUUAAUUACAUACAAGAUUCCAACAAUUGGGAUGACAUACAAAAAGAACUUGAACAGCGGAAUGUCAAAGUGAUGACAUUUUACGAUAUAUGCUUGGAUUUUAUUAUAUUGGAUUCGUUUCGUGAUCUAGAUGCACCGCCAGCCAGUGUUAUAGCAGUAGUGCAAAAUCGUUUUUUAUCGAAUGGCUUUAAAGAAACGGCUUUGACAACAGCUGUUUGGUCAGUUUUAAAGGCCAAAAAGCGCAUGCUUAAAUAUCCCGAGGGCUUUAUGUCACAUUUUUAUGUUAUAUCCGAGCAAUUAUCUCCAUUGAUGGCGUGGGGUUUCUUUGGGCCCGAUGAAAACCUUAAAGAUAUUUGCCAUUAUUUUAGAGAUCAAUUAUUGGGCUUUUUGGCAGACAUUUUUAAUUUUCAAAAAAGUCGUUACACGACACUCGAAGAAUUUUCACAAGAUAUUUUAGAGCAUAUGAAAACUAGAGUUAAUAAUAUUAGUGUUAAAUUUAGUCAAUAGAGGACGAACGAAAAACAAAAACAAUCACAACAACAACAACAGCCGCAUAACAAGAAACAAAAAAAAUAAAUAUAUACUUGCGAUUAUAAUUAUAAUCGUUUACUUUUAUUAAGAUAAACAACAUUGUCGAAACAAAGUUCGCAACUGUUAAUAGCAAUUUCAAUUUUAUUAAAAUUUUGUAAAUUUUCUUAUGCAGUUACGUUAUGAAUUGUUUAUUAAUUAUUAAAGCAUGUGUUUGCAAAAUACAUAAUUAAGUUGAAAAAAUGCUUCCUAAGUGUUACGUAAGAGAAGAAAAGCAUUUAAUUAUAAGCCAUAAAAUAACAAAUUUUCAAUAAUCAAUGAGUACUAUUCUCUUGCUUGUUUUUGUUGAUUGACUAACUAACUAUGCCCUUCAAAUAUAUGAUUUUAUUUUUCUAAUUUUUUGAUUUAUUAUAUUUUCAGCGGUUUAUUAUUUAACUUUUGUUCUUAUUCCUAUUAGCUUCUAAGCGAGAGCGUUCCGGGAGCUAUUGAGGUCUUUUAAUAGAAUUUUUAUUGUAAAGAAA